AUGAGUGGCAAAGUUACAAUCUGCUUCCUUUUACUUUUUCAUCAUCUGUCUUCUACUUCGUUGUCUUACGAUGUUCUGUCACUCUCGAAAAAUGAGACCCUUGCAUCUCCUGGAAAUGUCUUCGAGCUCGGUUUCUUCAAACCUGGUACAAUUUCCAACUGGUAUCUCGGUAUCUGGCUAAAGCAAGACCCCGACAGAACCGCUUUAUGGGUCGCCAACAGAAAUCGUCCUCUUAUCGGAUCCCAAGGAACCCUCCAAAAAAAACCUCAUACUCUUCGAUCGAGAUAA